AUGUCAAGACCAGAAGAACUUGCUCCACCGGAAGUGUUCUAUAAUGACACUGAAUCAUUCAAAUAUACAUCAUCUACACGUGUGCAACACAUUCAAGCAAAGAUGACAUUAAGAGCUUUGGAGUUGUUAAAUCUAGAGCAAGAAGCACCACAUUUUUUGUUGGAUAUAGGGUGUGGGUCUGGGUUAUCAGGAGAAAUAUUGACUGAGGAAGGAUAUAAUUGGAUAGGUAUGGAUAUAGCACCAAGUAUGUUGGCCACAGGUUUGGAUAGAGGAGUUGAAGGAGAUUUAUUUUUAGGGGAUGUUGGUAAUGGGAUACCGUUCAGGGCAGGUACUUUUGAUGCAGCCAUUUCUAUAUCAGUCAUUCAAUGGUUAUGUAAUGCAGAUGUUGCAGGGUUUGAUCCUAAAAAGAGAUUGUUGAAUUUCUUCAAUACAUUAUAUGCAUCAUUGAAAAGAGGUGGGAAGUUUGUUGCCCAAUUUUAUCCAAAGAAUGAUGCUCAAACAGAAAGUAUAAUGGGAGCUGCCAAGGUUGCAGGUUUCGGUGGUGGUUUAGUCAUUGACGAUCCAGAAUCUAAAAGACACAAGAAAUACUAUUUGGUUUUAACAGCUGGUAUGGCCGACAGACAAAUUAAUUUGACUGGUGCAGAAAUGGAUGCUCCUCAACAGACAAAGAGUUUGAGUAGAAAGAGAAAGAGAGCCAUGGAAAGUAAGAAGGAGUUUAUUAAUAGAAAGAAGGACAUUAUGAGAAAGAGAGGUAGAAAAGUUGCUGAAGAUUCUAAAUUCACAGGUAGAAAAAGACGUCCAAGAUUUUAG